UUCGUUCAAAUACUUUUACUCCGUUCAGUUUGUUUACUGUAAUUGAGUGACACUUUUACCACAAUAAUUUUGAUUAGAGCUAGUACCAAUUUGCAUGUUCUUUGGUAAAAGGAUUUUUGUUCUUGGGUAACUUUUACUAUUACUACACUUAUCCGCUUUAAUAUCAGCAUUGAUUAUAAUAUCCUACAAAAAUUCUACUAAAAAUGUUAACAAAACAUCUGCUGUGUGUUUUCAUUACUGCAUCGUUGUCCAGGGGAUUCACUCUGCCCACGGACUGGAAGACCCGGAUUGAUAAAAGUGUGUUGGAGGAAGGACAAGCGAACAACCGAUUACUGUUUAAUGCAGAUGACAUUAUAUGGGAUGAAGAGGUUUCAGGUUCUCAGAAUACCGAAGUGCUGCGAACUGGGCAUUUGGCCGAGUAUAAUUACUGGCCAAAGGAAAAGCCUAUUCCUUACCGCAUCCAACAAGAAUACAGUAUUUGGGACCGUCGAAAGAUUGAAGCAGCUAUGCGUUUCAUCGAAAACGAAACCAAAUGCCUACAAUUUCAGAGGCAGACCAGAGAAGGGGAAUACAUCCACUUCCGAGUGGGACGAUAUUCGUCGCAGUGCGAGGCCCAAAUAGGACGGCAUCCGGGCAGCUUAACCACGGUGUUCAUGGGGACAGGCUGUCUAGCGUCACAGGGAACAAUCAUACACGAGAUUCUCCAUGCUCUGGGAAUGUUCCACGAGCAGAGCCGGCCGGAUCGUGAUGAUUAUGUGGAAAUCUAUGCCGAAAACAUAGAACCGCGAGCGCUGCACAAUUUCGCAGUGCUACGGAAUAUGUCGAUGUACGGCACGCAAUAUGACGUAGAAUCCAUAAUGCAUUACCACCCUUUCGAGUUUAAAAAGAAAGGCAGCAACCAACCAACCAUCCUACCGAAAUUAGGGGAAAACAAGAAGAUGGGACAGCGUCAGACUUUAACGCAUCUGGAUGUUGCCAAACUGAAGCAAGCAUAUUGUUCGUGGUCGGUACCGGAGCAACCUAUUCUGGAUAACAUGAUACAGCGACCAAGCUCUGGACAAAACCAAAGCUAUGCUAUUCAGGCUAAUUUGCCAACCCGUAUAUUGAUUUCCACUACCCCACUUCCGGUGACAGAAGCGACAACUGGCAUUAUCCAAGGAAGCUCUUCCACGAAUCAGUUGCAAAUGCAAGAAGAGCCUAUUGCGCUGCCGUUGAUGAUUGCCACUGCAUCCAGCUCACAAAGCAGUACGUUCCGCUCGACAUCGCGAUCGGUCCGGCGUAAAACUUCUCUUCGAAGUCUUCGCCAGCGAUUGGGUGUGUUAUUCGGGUCAAGUUAGAGAUCUAUGAUAUUUCUCAUGUGUUACAUUAUUGCAAUUGCUUCAGCGACGAAUGCCCAGUCUAGCGUUCAAUGUGCGGUAGUUUGUGAUGCUUUUUAUUUAGUUUUUGUAAAUCUUAAGCCAGUCGAUGACCCUGAUUUGAUUAAAAAUGUGAAAGUAAUUUUAUUUUGUG